CGCGCAAACGGAGAGGAACUACUUCCGGAAAGGCCCGCAGCCUGAAGAGCUCCGAGACCAGAAUCCAGACUCAGUCCAGGACAACACGGUCCACCAGUCACAGCGGAGACCUGCAGGACGAUGGAGAACCAGAACCCGGACCACAGGAGCCAAACAGCAGCCUCGUGCUCUGAUAGCACCGAUGUUCAGAAACGGAAAGGAAGAGAGGGACUCAAACGUCACAGCUGUCAGCUCUGUGACAAAUCCUUCACAACAUUAAGCUAUUUAAAGAUUCAUCAGAAACAUCACACUGGAGAGAAACCAUACAGCUGUGACCAAUGUGGGAAAACAUUCAUUAUAUCAUCUGGACUAACAAUCCACCGACAUCUUCACACUGGAGAGAAACCGUACAGCUGUGACCACUGUGGGAAAACUUUCAAUACAUCAUUUGGACUAACAAUCCACCGACGUCUUCACACUGGAGAGAAACCGUACAGCUGUGACCAAUGUGGGAAAACUUUCAAUACAUCAUCUGGACUAACAAUCCACCGACGUCUUCACACUGGAGAGAAACCAUACAGCUGUGGGCAGUGUGGGAAAGCUUUCACAACAUUAGGUCACCUAAAAAUCCACCAACGUGUUCACACUGGAGAGAAACCAUACAGCUGUAAACAGUGUGGAAAAACUUUCACUACAUUAAGUUCCCUAAUAAAACAUCGACGUAUUCACACUGGAGAGAAACCUUACAGCUGUGGGCUGUGUGGGAAAAGUUUCACUGCAUUUGAUAGCCUUUUGAAACACAGACGUGGUCACACUGGAGAGAAACCACACUGGUGUGAACAGUGUGGAAAAACUUUCACUACAUUAAGUUCCCUAAAAAAACACCGACGUAUUCACACUGGAGAGAAACCGUACAGCUGUGAGCAGUGUGGGAAAAGUUUCACUGCAUUCGAUUACCUUUUAAAACACAGACGUGUUCACACUGGCGAGAAACCGCACACGUGUGAACAUUGUGGGAAAGCGUUCGGUUCAUUAGGUGAGCUAAAAAUACAUCACCGUGUUCACACUGGAGAGAAACCAUACAGGUGUGAACAUUGUGGGAAAAGUUUCACCAGAUCAGGUGGCCUAACGGACCACAGACGUGUUCACACUGGACAGAAACCGUACAGGUGUGAACAAUGUGGGAAAAGUUUCACUAGAUCAGGUGGCCUAAAGGACCACAGACGUGUUCACACUGGAGAGAAACCGUACAGCUGUGAACAAUGUGGGAAAAUUUUUGCUACAUCAGGUGGCCUAAAGAGACACAGACUUGUUCACACCGGUGAGAAACCGUAUAGGUGUGAACAUUGUGGGAAAGCUUUCAGAUCACUAGGUGAGCUAAAAUUACACCACCGUGUUCACACUGGCGAGAAACCACACUGGUGUGAACAAUGUGGGAAAAUGUUCACUACAUCAAGUGGACUAAAGGAACACAGACGUGUUCACACUGGAGAGAAACCGUACAGGUGUGAAAAAUGUGGGAAAAUGUUUUCUUUUGGUACUAGCCUUAAAUACCACCAGCGCAGUCACACUGGAGAGAAACCGUACAGCUGUGACCAAUGUGGGAAAUCUUUCACUCGAGCAGGUCACCUAGAAUCUCACAGACGUGUUCACACUGGAGAGAAACCGUACUGUUGUGACCAGUGUGGGAAAACUUUCACUCGAGCAGGUCACCUACAAAGGCACCGACGUAUUCACACUGGAGAGAAACCGUACUGGUGUGAACAAUGUGGGAAAGUAUUCACUACAUCAUGUCAGCUAAAAGCACACCUACGUGUUCACACUGGAGAGAAACCAUACAGCUGUGACCAGUGUGGGAAGGCGUUCCUUACAUUAUGUCACCUAGAAUAUCACAAACGUGUUCACACUGGAGAGAAACCGUACUGUUGUGACCAGUGUGGGAAAACUUUCACUACAUCCAGUCACCUACAAAGGCACCGACGUAUUCACACUGGAGAGAAACCGUACUGGUGUGAACAAUGUGGGAAAGUAUUCACUACAUCAUGUCACCUAAAAGCACACCUACGUGUUCACACUGGAGAGAAACCGUACAGCUGUGACCAAUGUGUGAAGGCAUUCAUUACAUCAAGUGAACUAAAAAUCCACCUACGUGUUCACACUGGAGAGAAACCGUACUGGUGUGAACAAUGUGGGAAAAUGUUUUCUCAGAGCAGUACCCUUAAACGCCACCAACGCACUCAUGAUGCUUCGUUGUGAUCAUAUUUCAGAGCCAAGUGAGUUGCUUAUACUUUAUUGUGUCAAUACAUAUCAUUUACUCAUGUCUCUGUUUUUGUUUAGUAUAGUAUGGUACACAGUUGUAUUUCCUGAAGUAUUUGGUAGAUGUGUCCAGUUGUGUUUUUGGGGUUUUGGCUCUGGUGAGUCUUUACCGUGCAUCUCAAAAAGGGUGCAGGUCUCCAAGAGUUCUCAUGUGGACUUUUUCUCUCAAAUAGCUUCUCACUUGCAAAUAUCAAUAGAAGUGAUUACUAUAGAGACCAAAUCUAUUAGCUGUAUCUUCUGAAGAGUCCACUCUCUUCAUUAUAUUAAAUCUUGUGGGGUCCUGAAAACAUCAUCAAAAUAGUUUGGAGUAAAAUCAACUUCCCAUGAUGUUUCUCUUAAACAGGUAAUUUCUUGUUUCUUUAGUUACUUUACAUUUUUUCUCCAGAUUUGAAAUGUGUUAACUGUAUAUAGAGUAGUUGUGUAUUUUGAUCUGUUGUUAUUUUCUAAAUGUGGUUUUGAAUCUGUUGAGGUUUGUUCAGACUGAAAGCCAAUUCUUGUCGAAACAAAGAGCCGCAGAUUCGUUAAUGAUGGCGCCAGCUGAGGUGAAGACGUGUCUGCUCAAGUCUGAAAUGUUUCAGCUCAAAUGCAAAAUUCAGCUUUGCCUUUGACUAAUGAACAGAGAGACAAGAAAAAACAGAAACUGGAGGAAAGAGACUAAAGACGUUUCUGCUGAGUUCUUAGAUCAACGUCUGAAGGACUCGGUACGCUUUGUAAUGGAAAUUUGAUAUUUUACUCUGUUUACUGUUUCACCCUGCAUGCUCCAUUAUAAUAUACAAAGGUCUCACUGUAUAUUUGAUAUUUUAUCAUGUUUCAGCUAGGUGAAGCUUCCUAUGGGAAAGAUGCUCGUUUUCUUAUCUGACUGACCUUGAUAGGCCUUCGACUCAGGACAGCUGGUCCCGACUACCUCGCUCUUCUGAGUAAUAUAAAGUCACCUGCUCCUUCACUGGCUUUUUGUCUUACACUUUUCAGACUGUUUGGCACUCUGUAUGUUUGUCUGACCCUUUGCAAAGAAUAAAACCCUUAAAAGA